CGGAAAUUAAUCGAAAUAGUUAUUACUUCGGACGAAUGGGAGUGACGGCUGGAUGGGGUACAAUAAAUAAUAAUGUAAUUCCAACGAAUUUGUAUGCGGGUAAUCUGACUAUUAUUACAAAUGUUGAAUGUAUUAAUACAAUUGAAAUAAUUCAACAUCAGAGAAUAAUAGUUCCUGCAAAAUUUGUGUGUACUAAAGCUGAACCUUAUCUUUUAUCGGCACCGGGUGACAGUGGUAGUCCAUUGAUAGUUGACGGUAUUUUGAUAGCAAUUACUAAAGGAGCGACUCCAAACAUACAAGGAUUUCAUCCUUAUAGAGCAAAUGCUCAUUUAACUGUUCAACGUUAUAAUAAUUAUAUUGAAACACUCGUGAGCCCAUAUUAA